AAUGCAUUGAGUACGUAAGCGACUGUGGAAUAGAGGUUUCCAGUCUCCCCAAAAGUAUCUCUGCCCUUGAUAGUUUGUGGCGCAUAAGGAUUACGUAAAAGAUGUACCUCUCUCCUUAGCAGUAAAUAGAAAGUAGUUGACUUGCUUUUAAACGACUUUGCUCUAUGUGAUUAACUACAUGUUUAUUACAACUGAAAAUGAGACCAACAUACAAAAUCAUAUUUGGAUAUAUUUUAAUAUCAAGUGUUCUUGUAAAGGCUUUCGAACCAAUUACAACCACAAUUGUGGCUGGUGCGGGAGCGGCAGCGGCAGCAGCAGCUGGACGGAAGAUUUACAAUUAUUUCUAUGAAAGUUGUGACUCAAAAUGGAUAGAUUUUAAUUCAACAGGUUUGGAAGUGGACCUAAAUCGUAAAUUGUUUGGUCAACAUAUUGUUUCCAGAGUCGUCCUGAAAGCAAUUACGGGAUUCAUGAAAAAUAAAAACCCUAAGAAGCCGCUGGUACUCUCUUUACACGGUGGGACCGGGACAGGGAAGAAUUUUGUUAGCCAGCUGAUAGCUAAAAACCUCUAUAAGAAGGGCACGGACAGCGGUUUCUUCCACCAGUUUGUAGCUACAGCUCACUUCCCUCACCAGAGCCAGAUUGAGAACUACAAGUCUCAGCUGCAGCACUGGAUUAAAGGAAACAUUACCAACUGCCCUCAGUCCAUGUUCAUCUUUGACGAGAUGGACAAGAUGCAACCUGGUCUGAUUGACAGUAUAAAGCCCUACUUGGACUACUAUGAGAAAUUGGACGGUGUCUCCUAUCGCCAAGCCAUCUUCAUCUUCCUCAGCAACUCAGGAGGAGAGAACAUUGUGGAGGUGGCUCUUGACUUCUGGAAAGCAGGGAAAGACCGAGAAGAGAUCGAGUUGAAAGACCUGGAAAUGGCUCUCUCCCUGUCUGUGUUCAACAACAAGAAUAGUGGAUUCUGGCACACCAGUCUGAUUGACAAGAACCUGGUGGACUUCUUCGUCCCUUUCCUGCCUCUGGAGUAUAAACACCUGGUGCAGUGUGGCAUGGCAGAGAUGGCUGCACAGGGACUGAAGCCCAAUCACACCUUAGUCGACCAGGUGGUCAGAGACAUGACAUACUUUCCCAAGAGUGAGAAGAUCUUCUCUGUCAAGGGCUGCAAGACCAUCAGCAGUAAGCUGGACUUCUACAGAGAACACGCAUGAGGUCAACUACGUUUUAUGUUGGUGGCUUCAGACUGACUGAUCUAUUGAUCAUAGUGAAUAUGAAUGUAGGAUGAAAGGUGCGAGUCUGCUGAGGAAGUUGGUGACUGAACUGUGAAACAGACCACCAAGGUCUUUUAACCUUAAUGACAAUGUGGAGGGCAUCAAGGCUCUGGUGGUACUUCUCACUGAAGAGGAAUGAAUGGGCUACUGAGAAAACUGAGGUUGAAUUGAAAGAGGAAAACAGUCACUGAGACUUUUUAUAUCAGUUGAAGUGCUUGAUCCAGAGAUUUUUUAUUCUGUUAAUGAUAAUCUGAAAGAUUAUGCACCUUUUCCCUGGCAAAUUCUGAUGCACAUGAACUUUUUUGGGGGAAAACAAUUUUGUUGAAAAAUACAAUUUGAAAUUCCUUUUUCAUAUAUUGUUAAUUUUGUGGCACACCGAAUACCUAAUUUUUUUAUAUACUUACCAAUACCCUGAAAGUAAAAAUAAUUCAGCCUUUAUCUGUUUGCAUAAGACUUAAACAUCCUUACUCCUUCACCUGAGGCGUUGUGUACAAUUCAAAGUGUUUUGGGUGUAUCUUCGGGUAGGUAGAUGUACAAGUAUUUAGUGUUUUCGGCCUCAAUUGUAACACAACAUUUCAAGAAUGAUCAAAAUUUUCCUAAAAAACUGAAUGGAGCUGAUAAACAACCCAUUUGAUUCAAUGUCCCUAGAAUUUUGUAAAUCCAAUUGUAAUUUAAUAUGUAUACUGUAUGUACAUAUCGAUGUAUUUGAAUCCUGUUCCCUCACUUGGUGUUCAGUUAACAUUCCAAGACUGAACAAUACUCAACACUAUUACAGAAAGGUUCACUAUUUGUCAAUAAGAUAUUUUGUUUGAGUAGAUGAAAUGUUCAAGGUCUGGUGCUUUCCAGUCACAUGAUCACCCUAUCGAUAUUGACAAACCAAAACAUUGUUCUCAAAAAGCCUCACCGUUUCUGAGACAUCAGUGGUUUCAUUGCUUCAGGGACCUUAUUUAUUAAUAAUGUUUAAGCAACUAUUCUUUUUUUUUUUUACAAUCAUGCCUUGGAUCAUUUCCAUUAGAAGUGUGAGACUUCGUAAUGUGGACAUUUGUUUGACAUCAUGGCCAUGCGUUAACAUAGCAGGUUAUGGAUUAAGAAAACGGUUUAACUGUCCAAUGUAGCCUAGUUAAUGGGGCACAUGUAUGAUUAAAAUUGUUAAUCAUUU